AUGGCGGUUCUCUGUUGCCAUAGAAACCAUCUAAUCAGAAAAGUCUCAAUGUCACGAAGUUAUAAUUUACCUCCCUUGGUAAAUGCGCCUUCCUGGUCCCGAUCGCGGCUCGAGCGUCAUAAAAUUCCGCGAUCGGUAAAUCGUGAUAAUAUAACUCCAUCAUCCACCAUAGUCGAUCCAGUUAUUCAAAUGGAUGGCAAGUUGUUGCCCGUACCAGAUGGGGCGAAUCCUGAACAGAGGAUACGACAUUUAGAUAAAAGCAUUGAAUUUUUAAAAGAACAACAUGCCGAUAUAUUAAAGGGAUUGCAUAAGGAAAUAGAAGGAUUGCAAUCAGAAAAUAAAGAAUUACAACUGAAAGUCAUAAUAAAUCAAAGACUGUCGACUAAGCCAGGCUCUAUUUCAGAUAAUAAUUCUAGCCAAGGCUCAAGAAAUGGCUCAAGUGUCAGCAUGAGUUCCACUCAUGGAUCUAAGAUUAAUGAAAUGAAAAUAGCAUCAUUAACAGCAGAGAUUAAAGGCCUUCAUGAAGAGUUAUCCGAGUCACAAAAAAUGAACUCAAAUCUUUUUAAACUGUUAGAAGAUAAAGAAAAAUUGCUAGCAAUGUCGUUAAAUGAUACAAAAAAAGAUGAAUUGAUAGAUGAGAAACAACUUGAUGUCAUUGGCUUGGCGACGGCUGAAGAGUUACCAUCUUCCUUAUCUGAAUGCCAAGCGGUUAUUAAAUACUUAAAGUUGAAAAGUUUUCAAGAUCAGACAGAGUUGCAACGCCUAAAAAAUAAUCUAAGAGAAGCACUUUACUCCGAUAAAUGGACACCAGAUGCAUUCUUAAUGGCUAAGGCUUAUAUCCACGAAAAUGAUUCUUCUAGGGAAGUCCAAGGUUUUUUAUAUGUUGAUCCAUCAUCUGUUCCACCAAUGAAACCCAAGGCGGCAAGCCGUGCAGUCAUUCAAUACAAGAGAACGCAAGCAGCUCAAAAAGCGAGAUUAAGGAAAGAGAGUGCUAUUGACUACGAUGAUAGAUAA